AGGGCACUGCUUGAUGGCGUGCACAGCAACGGGACACGCAUUUGUCAAGAGAAGUGUCUUCAACAAAAAGGACUGUCAACCAGGUCAAAGAGUUGGAAUUUAAUGGCGAACUCGUUGUAACAAUGCUUUCACUAGUUGUAUGUGCCUGUGUAUUGGCAACUAUACACGUCACAGGAGGCAGCCUAUCGGAUUCUCUCAGCUACUAUGAAGUGAUCGACCAUGUCAACAUUUUCUCGAGGUCGAAACGAAGUGUUGAUGAUGCGGAAGAGGGUUUAACAAGAGAAUUCAGUUUUCAUGCUUACAACAGAACUUUCACAUGUCACCUACGUCCAAGAACUGAGAUAUUUUCUCCCGGGUUUAAGAUCACUGUUAUUCAUGGAGACAAUAGCAGGGAGGUUGUUGGUCUUCAAGAAGGAAACUUCUACACAGGAAAUGUUGUUGGUGUGGAAGAUUCAGAAGUGCACGGCUACUUUGAAGGAGAAAUGUUCACAGGGACUGUGUUCAUGGACGGACAACUGUUUGUCAUAGAGCCUAUGUGGCGCCAUGUUGAUGAAGCUAGCAGACUGAAGUACAGGGGAAGGAUGGUUGUGUACAGAGGCUCUGACAUCAAGCUGGACUUCAACCAACAUGAAGCAAGAAAAAGGGGGACAUUUUGUGGGUCUGUCCAUGCAGAGGAUGAGGCUGACCCUGAGGAUGCCCAGAAACCACCUACAUCUCACAAAGGUUUUGCUGGACGUAGUAAGAGAUCCACUCCGAGCUGGAACACUUGUCAGCUUGUAGCUGUAGCCGAUUACAGGUUCUACCAGAGGAUUGGGGGCAGUGACAUUUAUACCACAGCAUCGUAUAUGGCUGGUGUGAUAGAGAGAGUAGACGCGCUCUACAAGAGUACAGUGUGGAACAGUGCUGGACUCACAGGACUUGGAUUUGAGAUUGCCUUGAUGGAGAUCUAUGUGAGCCCGACUACUGUGACAGGCGAUGCUGUACACUUCAACAUGGCCAGGUCAAGUUGGGACACACUCAGGCUACUCCAGGUAUUCGGCCAAGAUCUGGACUUCAAGAAUUACUGUUUAGCCCACUUGUUUACACACCAGUCGUUUGUCAAUAACGUACUCGGACUUGCUUACAUUGCUUCACCCAAAACAAGCAGUGUUGGAGGAAUCUGCUCCAGAGUUCGAUCAAUCAAUGGUGUUCAAACAAGCCUGAAUACAGCACUCAGCAGUACCAGAAACGAGAAUGGGGCUGUUGUACUGGCCCAAAUGGCUGACCUUGUCACUGCUCACGAACUUGGACACAACUGGGGCAGUGAGCAUGAUGGAAGCGACUGUUCUCCUUCCUCCAUAAUAGGUGACGGGAAGUACCUCAUGUACCCAUACUCUGUCAGCGGGGUCCACCCCAACAAUCAUCAAUUUUCCCCAUGCAGCAAGGUUCUGAUCGACAGAGUUCUGCAGUCAAAAGGCAGUGCUUGUUUCAAAGAGAGGACUCCACAGCAGUCGUGUGGUAACGGCCUCGUUGAGAGAGAACCGGGGAGCUAUGUGAUGCUGGAUACCUUGGCAAAUUUGGCCUUGACCCCUGCUGCAGUUCCACUUGCCAGUUUUCAGGAAGUGCAGUGUGCAGCCCUGUGAACCAUGAAUGCUGCGUCAACUGCCAGAUGGCUAGUUUGGGCCACAUCUGUGUGGCCGACACCAAUGUCACUUGUCUUGAUGCAAGUUAC